AUGUCUGGUAAAACUGUUGCUCCAGAGUUGCUAACAGCUGAUGAAAAUGUUAAAUACGACGCCUUAAUCGUCGGUUGUGGUGUUAUUGGUCCAUGUAUCGCUACUGCUUUGGCCAGAAAAGGUAAGAAAGUUUUAAUCGUUGAGAAGGAAUGGACUUUCCCAGAAAGAAUUGUCGGUGAAUUAAUGCAACCAGGCGGUGUUAGAGCUUUGAAAUCUUUAGGUAUGGUUCAAGCUUUCAACAACAUUGAUGCUUACCCAGUCACUGGUUACACUGUUAUUUACAACGGUGAAGAAGUCGACAUUCCAUACCCAUACAAAGCUGACUCUGCUCCAGUUGAAAAACUAGAAGGUAUUGUCAAGGAUGGUAACGACAAAGUCUUAGAUGAUGCUAAUAUUAAGAUCAAGGAUUUCGAAGAUGACGAAAGAGAAAGAGGUAUUGCUUUCGUUCACGGUAAAUUCUUACAAAACUUAAGAAAAAUCGUUGCUGAUGAGCCAAAUGUCACCAGAUUACAAGGUACCGUUAUUGAAAUCAUGAAAGAUGACAAAAACGAAGUUUACGGUGCUAAGGUUGAUAUUCCAACCCGUGGUAAGGUUGUCUUCAAGGCUAACUUGACCUUCGUCUGUGACGGUAUCUUCUCCCGUUUCAGAACCGAAUUACACCCAGACCAUCAAUCUAGAGUUGAUUCUUCUUUUAUUGGUAUGGCUUUAUACAACGCUGACAUGCCAGCUCCAAAGCACGGUCACGUUAUCUUAGGUAACAACCACCUGCCAAUCAUCUGUUACCAAAUUUCCCCAGAAGAAGUCAGAUUAUUAUGUGCUUACAACUCUGCCAAGUUGCCAAGUGAUAUUAAAGGUUGGAUGACUAAAGAAGUUCAACCAUUCAUUCCAAAGAAAUUACGUCCAUCUUUCGACGCUGCUUUAGCUGAAGGUAAAUUCAAAUCUAUGCCAAAUUCCUACUUACCAGCCAUUCCUAACCAAAUUACCGGUUUAUGUGUUAUUGGUGAUGCCUUAAAUCAAAGACAUCCAUUAACCGGUGGUGGUAUGACCGUCGGUUUACAAGAUGUUGUCUUAUUAAUGAAGAAGAUUUCUGACUUAGAUUUCAACGACCGUGAAUUAGUCUUAGAUGAAAUCUUAGAUUUCAACUACGAAAAGAAGGACUACGGCGUUGUCAUUAACGUCUUAUCCAUUGCUCUAUACGCUCUAUUCGCUGCUAACACUCCAGAGUUAAAGGUUUUACAAAAGGGUUGUUUCAAAUACUUCCAAAGAGGUGGUGACAGUAUUGCUGUCCCAGCUCGUUUCUUAGCUGGUGUCUUACCAAAGCCAUUAGUAUUAACCAGAGUUUUCUUCGCUGUCGCAUUCUAUGCUUGUUACAUCAACAUCCAAGAACAAGGUUUAGUUGGUUUUUUCCAAGCAUUCUCCAUUCUAAUAACUGCUUUCAAAGUCUUCACUCCAUUCUUAUACGAAGAAAUGUUCAGUUAA